ACCGAGGGACGCCUCGGUGCUGUCCCAGUACCGCGGAGCAGGGAUGAGAACAUCGGCCUGAAGCCUCGGGACACCAGUUGUGAUCUCCUGUGCCUGUAGCUGGGAACAGCCAUGCCAGCCCAAAAGGACAGAUGGGUUUCUUUCUUGGUUUUCCUUCUCUUCUCCAUCUCACAAUGUGGAAGUGCCAGCCUGCAGCAGGAGCCAAGCCCCCAGCACUAUUUCAGUGGCUUGGAAGCUGGAAAAGCAUCCUUGGCUUUUUUCAGCCCCAGUGUUUCUCCUGGUGCCCAGCCCUUCCUGGAGCACAUUGAGAGCUCAGCUGAGGCUCUCCAGGACUAUGGUGUCUCUGUGGUGAAGGUGAAUUGUCCCAAAGAAGAUGUCUCAAGAUAUUGUGGAAAAGAAAAUGCAUUAAGGAAAGCCUUCCUGUUCAGAGGGAACCGGCUGAUCCGAGAGUUCCCCACCGACGCCCUGUUCGACGUCAACUCCAUCGUCGCCAACGUUCUGUUUGCCCUGCUCUUUAAUGAAGUUAAAUAUGUUGAAACACUGGCAGACCUGGAGAACAUUGAAAAUGUAUUGAAGGGGAAGUCGAACAUGGUCUUUGCCUAUGUGCCAGCUACUGGGACAGCAGAGCACAGAGCUGUGAUGGAGGCAGCUUUUGUCUAUGGGACCAUCCACCAGUUUGUCCUGACAACUGAGGCAGCGCUGCUGAAAGCCACCAGCCCUGAUGACCCUGAUGUCUCCUCUGCCUGGCUCCUGUUCUGCCACUGCCAGCAGGUCCCAGAGCCAGCCCAGGCCUGCAGGAGGACAGCCCUGGCACAGCCCCUGACCCUGCUCAACAUCCACAGGCACCUCAAGCUCAUGGGGGCUCCACUGGUGACAGAGGUUGCUGAGGACCCAGAGAAGAUCUCCACUGUUCACUUGCAGCUCGGGCUGCCCCUGGUGUUCAUCCUGAGCCAGAAGGACACCUAUGAGGCUGACAGGAGGACAGCAGAGUUUGUGGCCUGGCAGCUCCUGGGGAAAGCAGGAGUUGCCCUUUUGUCCAGGGACCUCGUGGAGCUGAACGUUCUGCAGCGCUCAAACGUGGCCCUCAAGACACCAGAUGAGGGAAUGCCAAUCCAAUACCUGGUCUUGGAAGACACUGAUGAAGUUAUAACCCUGGUGGAAGAUAAGAACAAGGUGAAACCAAUCCAGGAGGAUGAGCAGGAGGAGGAGGAGGAAGAUGAGGAUGAGCAAGAGAAUAACAAUCAAGAUAUUCAGGAUGACCAGGUGGUGGAAGCAGUUUCCAGGGACAAGAAGAGAGAGCUGCCCCUGGAGCAGAUCCUUGUCCUGACAGAGGAGAACUUCCACUCUUCCCUCCCAGAGGCUGCCAGGACAGUGGUGCUGUUCUAUGCCAGCUAUCCCAGAAAUAUUCCGUGUCCCCCCCUGCCCUGCUCCUGGCCCGGAGCGGCGGCCGGAGCGUGGAAGGCAUCGCUCUGUCCGAACACAGCGUGCAGGACAUGCUGCAGAUGAUCAGAUAUGAACUUCUGGACAUUUUUCCAGAAAUCACCGUGCCAAAUCUGCCCCAGUACCUGCAGCUGGGAAAACCCUUCCUCAUCCUGUUCAGUGCUGGUGACAUCAGUCAGGUGGAAAGUGAGGAAAUGCUGAAGCUGGCAAAAGGAAGACCCCAGCAGACAUUUGUGGUUUGCUGGUUGAACCUGAAGAAGACUCCAGUGGGAUAUGGGAUCCUGAGGACACACUUCUCCACCACUCCUCCCUUGCCCCUUCUCCUCUGGGUGAACCUCCAUGCUGGGGGUCAGGUGUUCAAGUUCCCCUCAGAGCAGCCCAUCACUGAGAUGAACAUCUUGCUGUGGCUGGAGAAGCUCCAAGCAGGACUGGAGAUUCCCAGCAGUAAGUGGGCACAGGUUUACAACGUUCCCAAGCACACACUGUGAGCUCCAGUGUGUUUAUGAGAAGAUUCUACGUGCAAUAAAUUGUCUGCCCUGGAAUUUAACGAUGGAAAAAGCAGCUCUGCUUGUUAGAGCUGCAGAAGUACAAACAGUCCAGCCAAGAGAGAAUGCCCACACUCACAAGUUUGCUUUGGGACUGUUUAAUGCUCAGAGCCAAGCGUGGAUGGUUUGGAAUUGACAUCUUUUCUCUGUGAUAAUCCCCAAAUCUGGCUGUGUUUUCCCAUUCCCAACCACAGCUUGCUCAUAAAAAACCUCCCAGCUGACAGUGUAAGAAGUAGCUGCUCUUCAGGCACCUUUCUUUUUGGAUGGGAAGGGAUGAGGGAGCUGGUGUUUUACUGGAGGCUUUAGGACAUAAAGGGUUGGCUUGUGAAGCUUUCACUGCAUCCCUCCUGUCUUGCUCAGCCUGAUGAGGCUCUGGAGGAAGCCAGCAUGGAUCU